UUUUCUGACUUGCCUAUAAACAAGACGACUCCUACUCAAUUGAACAUAGCUUCACAGCCAUUGAAGCCUAACUCUCUGGAUCUAUUACAAGUCCUAUACAGUUGCACGUUCUGCGACGUUCUUUGCUUUGCUUUUCAUUUCUUGAUAACAUUACAUUACUGCUGCCUCAAUUUGUCUUUUAUUCAGCGUUUUUCUGUUCAGAUCAGAAAGGGAAGAGUUUCUUUCUCAACUAAUAUGGAGAAGACAAACGCUGGUGUGGGAAAUGGAGACAUUGAACUUCCCAUUGGGUUCAGAUUCCGUCCCACUGAUGAAGAAUUGCUUCUUCACUACUUGAUUAGAAAGAUAUACUCUUUGCCAUUGCCGGCCACCGUCAUUACUCAACUUGAUGUUUUCAGCUUCAAUCCCUGGGACUUACCUGGUGAUUUGAAGGAGAAGAGAUAUUUCUUCAGCAAGAGAAACAGGAAUGUAAUGAAUAAAUGCAGCAGUUUCAGUGCUGGCUGUGGUUACUGGAAAGCCACUGGCCAAGACAGCCAAAUUAUGGCUCCUGGAACCAACCGAGUAAUUGGAAUGAAGAAAUCCUUGGUCUUCUAUAAAUACAACUAUUAUCGUGGUCCUGCGUUCAAGACUCAAUGGGUUAUGCAUCAAUAUUGCAUUCAAAACUCUCUAAUUACUCCACGCUUAAGUUAUCAGAAACUAACUUUGGAAGUGGGAGACUGGGUCGUCUGCUGCAUAUACCAGCAGCAGGGGAAAAGGAAGGGCAGAAGUCUCGGUAUCAAUAACACAACAAAGAAAUCUAGAAAUUCGGAAUGCAUCAGUAGUAUCAUUUUAAGUAUGGGAGAGGAUACUGACAUGAUUUCUUCUCAAUGUUCUAGUGGGAUCACGGAGAUUUCUUGUGCUGAUGACUUGUAUCUAGAAACAAGCAGUCACUAAUUGAGAGUGAAUAUUACAACAGAGAUAUGGAACAUUAUCCUUUUAAGUUGUGAAUUUACGUCUUGGAUUGCACAAUCCACCAGCCUUGUUUGAAUAUUGGUUAUGCCAAAGAAUUGUUGGCUUGAUUGUUUAAACAUUAUGGAAAAUUUUUAAUAUUCAA